AGAGAGCACAGCUCACGGCGAGAAGACCUCAAGCGGCAGAUGCUCACCUCAGUUCGCUCGUUGACGUGUACUUGGACGGAGCCCCUCUUAUUCAUUUCCAACCCAUCCGACACGUUUUCACGUUUCUUUUUUUUUUAUUUUAUUUUCCCUUAUUUUUCCCCCCGAAUAAUCCCGCAAACACAACGCCGGCGACAGUAAACACGCGGAUGAUAUCCCGGUGGAUAAUAACGUAAACAACAACACUAGUGGAAUAAUGUGGUUUUUACGUCUGAAUGUCCGAUGAUAAUGAUCAUUUGACGCGAGGAACAUUGCAGCCACUUGGAACCGGAUGAGUUUUGUGAGGCGAGUCAAUGUGUGCUUGUUGAUUGUGGAUUUCUUCAUUUUUUUUUUGCGCUGAGUUUAUUCCGUCGAGUUGUGGUUUAAUUGUUUCGUACGAGGGAGUGAACAAAUGAGAGGCGCACACAGUGUUUCAUUGAUAAAACGUGAAUCUGUAAUCGACGUGGGAUUUGACGGAUUGUGAGGGAGGGAGGAGGAUUAAGAAAAAUAAAGGAGAAACAUAAAAAGAAGUCGAGUGGCAGAGAUGUGGCAAUGGCGCUCGUGUCCAACAAGCAAUGGAGUGGCUGGUCUACGCACGGGCUUAGUUUGCACGUAGUUCGUGGCUGAAGGGAGGAUAUUAUUAAUUCUAGCACUGAAUAACAAAUAUUUGAUUGUCCACGGGGUUGGAGGAGUGCGGGGAAGCGCUGUGGGAGGGCCCCGAGGGCCCUGUUAUUCAUUGUCCCUCGAUUACCUUUGUUUUUUUUUCUUUCAUUAUCUGGAAUUAAUUGAUCACUGGAGAAUCGAUGAAUCAAUGGUAAUGUCAAUCGCAGGUUGAUUGACACGGAUUAAAUUGCCACCUUGAUGCAUGUGGGAACGGAUUACCUGAAGUCCUCGGUGGAAAGGAUUUUCAUCCAGGUUUAUCCCGAUGAAUCGAGGAAAUAAGCACAAAGUAGUGAAUGAAAAUGAAGGAAGACGGGAUUAGGACUAAACGAGAGAACUUUGUCGUUAGAUUUGGGUGCAUUUCCUAAGAAAGGUGCGCGGAGUGAUCGAUUAUUUAUUGGAGUUUUUUUUUUUUUGUUUUUUUUGUGGCCAGAUUUCUUUUAAUAUGAUUGUUUUAUGAGGAAUGGUCUGGUGAUUGUUCCCCAGUGUGUGUGUGUGUGUUCGAGGGCUCUUUCGGGCACAUUAAAAGAGAAUAAUUGUAUAUAAGGGAGGAGGAGACGCUGAGAUACGGGGGAAGAAGGAGGUACACACAUGCCUGUAGCAGGGGGAAUUCUCGUCGCUAGGAGUGCAUCGCGGUGCCUGUACUCUGCCGCUGGCAUGCUCAGGUUCCUCGCCAGACUUUCAGGGAGACGACGACACGUGCGUCGAAAUUGUGGCGGUGUACCAGGUGCUGUUGAAUCGUCACAGGAAGAGGAAGCGAGAACGAGCGCACUGGAUGGACAGUUAAUAAUUGAUCCCCGGAGAAUAUCCGAGGAUAGGCUUGAUGACGUUAGACUGCGUUGUCUUCAUUAUCGUCGGCAUAUUGAGGAAAAUAGAUUAGAUGAUAAACAGAGAUGGAAGCUCAACGAGGUUGUGGAUACGAGUCGAAAGGAGGUGGAAAGUAUUACGAGGAUAGCGGAGAUUCACAGGGGGUCGUUAACGACGGGUAUACAGAGAACGUGUCCUGACGAUAACAGUGAUAACUCGAGAUGUAGAUCGAGUUCAUCGUCGUGUCAUCGGAAUGAUACGUCGAGGUCUCCUGGUGUUGCCAGGUUUCGUCGGAGACGUAGAAUUCCAUCGUACUUUGCAACAUUACUCGUUCUUUCCUACACGUUGUUUGGAAUAACAGACGCGUGCUCGUCGAGGUCGACGCCUAAGCCAAGACCACCAACACCGACACCAAGACCCAACAUCACAUUCCACAUGUACACAUGUCCACCGGAUUAUGCGGAAUGGUACUGUCUCAAUGGGGCAACGUGCUUCACCGUCAAAAUCCAAGAGUCACUUCUUUACAAUUGUUUAUGCGCCAAUGGGUUUAUAGGGCAGAGGUGUGAGUUUAAGGACUUGGAUGGUUCCUAUUUGCCUUCCAGACAAAGGGUAAUGCUGGAAACCGCCAGCAUCGCCGGAGGUGCCACUAUAGCAGUAUUUCUCGUCGUUAUUAUUUGUAUAGCGGCUUACAUUCACUGUAAACGUAAACAGAAAGAAUUGCGAUCGAGUAAUAACUGCGUGGACACAGUGGAUGGUCCUGGUAGAGAUCCGGAGCUGAGGCCGUUCAGUAACCGCAGCCGCUCCCUCAUGAUCUUCAUGGCCAAGAACCAAAAUUCUUCGUCAACGGCGAUGUGUCCCUCGAUAGAGCAAACCCGAAUGCCCGUAUGGAAUGACUACUCCCAGGUGGAAAUGACGAGACUAGCCUCGAUAAGCGAACCCAAACGCUCGAGUCAAUAGUCACCAAGGAAUUUAAAAAAAAUAUAUAUAUAUACAUUUCGACUAAAGCCAAUACUCUCACCAAGAUUCUUCGCUUUUAUAUAUAAAUAAGAAAUAACAAAUCUAUAUAUUUAUAUACAAGCGACAGAAUUUAAGACCUUUAUCGAACAAUAAAAGGGGUAAAUUAUUUCCGCGUUUUUCUUUUUAACAGAGGAGGGUGGCGGAGGGGGGGGGAGGGAGAGAGAAAUGAGAAUAAAGAUAUAUACUUAGUGAUAAAGGGUAAUGAGUGAGGAAAAGGAAUAUUCACGUGUGUGACUAUAUAUUUUUCGUUGCUCGUUUCUCCGAUUACUUGCUCCUUCCUCCACCAAGUUUCGUCGUUUCACGCUCAAUGAGCCUCAAGAGUGCCUUCCAAAGUGUCGGGGAAGGAAGCGAGCUUUCAUCAAUCAUCAUUGCCCCCCCCCCCCAGAGUCUAGUGCGCAAACAACUGUGGAAAGACUAAAAACUUUUUUUUUAUUUGUUUUUUUUUUUCAUUACAAUGAGAAAGAGGAGGACUUUUUCUAAAAACAUGCAUAAGUAAUUUGUAUAUUUGUAGAUAGAAGUUUAAUACCUAGCUCUCCCCAAUGCUCUGUUAUCACGACAAUCGUGAAGACUCGAUUCACAAUCCACUGCUUUGCCUGAUCUCUUCCCCGGGGAGGGAAAUGUAGAGCAGGGGAACUGAGGAAAAAGAGAGAGAGAGAGAGAGAGAGGUGGAGAGGAAAACGAUGAUACGAAGCUAUUCCCCAUACCCCUGCAGUAUUUUCUUUCGUUAAAUUUCGGUGAGGCCUAGUCGUUACCAGUGGUAGAAAUGAUAACAAUGAAAUUAAUGGGUUCAACAAAAUAGUACGACGAGAUAAUCUACAAGAAGGCCUCGAAAAAAAAAAAUCUAAAUUAAUGAUAACAAGAAAUUAAUAUGAAACAAAGUCGUACAGUAAGACGAAGAAAAUUUAUAAAUAGUCCAUAGUUAAGCGUAUUAUAAUUUAAUUUCCUAGUUAACUUCGUAUUGUAAUUGGUUCCUAAUUUAUUCUUAUUCUUGCUAUAUUAUUACGAAUUAUUAUCUUAUCGAUAUUCUACGAUUAAUUGAAUUAAUGUCUAUUGGUAAUAACUAGAGAUGAAUUCCGGGUGGGAAUUCAUUGAGACGUAAAACAGGAAAAUUAAUGUAAAUGGUAGAACGAAUGCGAUUCAAUGAAUGAUGAUAACGAGAAAGAUGAAAAAAAAAAAGCUUUUGUAAGAGUCCAGUACCAGAGGUGGCCUUUCAGUUUUUCUAAAAAAAAAAACAACUUCAAAUGAGUGAAAACAACAAUGCUUUUCUUCCUGAUUAUAUAGAGUAAUGAGACACAAAAUUAUACACAUUUUUACACGUGAGCCGUGUAUGCACCAUUGAAAAUUGUGUAUAGCGAGGUCAAUUAGGCAGAUAUAGAUUAAUGAAGAAAUAUGAAGAACAAUUAACACAUGAAUAAGACAGACUGUAGACAGUUGUGGUAUUUUAGUACAUCAGACAGCGUCGCGAAUUCACCAAGAAGUGCAUUAUAAUCAGGGGCCCAUUAUAUUCAUAACGUUUGAUGAACGGUAAAUUGGCAUUGAUUCGAAAUUCAUUCGAAAUAAUUGUAUUUGAAAUUCAUUGAUGAGCAUUUCUGCAGUGUUUUCACCCCGUAGAAGCUCUCGAACGAUGGAGCAUUGACUUUGUCGUCAAUCGUCGACUGCUAAUGACUAUUCAAAAUUCCUAUGAAAGCCCAUUAAAGACGAUUAAUUGAUCUGAAGAAAUCAACUGGUAUUGUUCUUUUUUUUUCUGUGAAUAUUUUCGUGAAAAAUUCGUCUCUUAUAUUUGUCCCAUUGUAAUAGUUUCUUUUUCUCAUGAUAAUCAGUCGGUCCCUUGUAAUGACUUCUUGCUGUAUCGCGUUGGCAUUCAUGACCGGCGGAUGGUGGGAACCCCGUCCGACAUACCCAACCCCCCCGUUAAUUUAUUUGCGGUGUGAGUUAAACGUUGAAAUAAUGUGAAGAAGCUGUCCGUUGAAAAAUGUACCAAAGACACGUCAUUGAACUGAUAAAAAUAAAAGAAAAAUGAUUUAACGAAAGAAGUAAAAUGCAAAUUAAUGACAUUGUACGAAAUAGCAGUUAGAGGAUGCGCGAUGGGAAAUGAUACAAAUGUUCAUUCAUUAUUUUUUUUUUCUCUCGAAUUUAUGGUAAUAUUCGUAGUAAUGAUAUCAGGAAAAUAUGUGAAAUUGUGAAUGCGUCGAUUGGUGAGGCAUUUUGAGGGAAUUUCAACAUCUGGUAAUAGUUGGCAGAGUGUUUACCGCGUUGGGUAAUGCUUAUUAUUCAUUAUUUUUGUAAUAAAGAACCAAAUGCAAAUUCAUGAAAGUUGAUGAUAAAUAUGAACAUUUUGAGAUACAAAGACAUUUAUUAUACCAUCAAGAACUAUGUAAUAGUACCAUUGUAUUACCUAGCAUGCUCUGCGUAUGGAAGGCUUACGAGUAUGUUGAAAAUAUUAUUCUUAUUAUAUCAUUAUUAAUUAAUUAUUACUAUUCAAAAAAUGGAAAAACAAAAAUCGCCUGUAUGUUGUCUACCAAAUUUAUUUAAAUAGCAAAAACAAAAUGAAUCUGUUGCAUCGGAAUUUUUCGAUGGUGGAACAUCA